UUGACAAUACACUUGAAUAUUUUUAUAAUUAGUCUUAUUAGAAUGGAGCUGCUUUACAAUUAGUAUAUUUAAUGUGGUUUAGUGAUUUAGUUUAACAGACAUUCUUCAUUUAUACUGUAUGAGUACAUGGAAAAGUGUUUAUUUUUUUCUUUGAGGUUAUUGAAAGCCUCUUAAUUUAAUCUCCUUAAAUGAACUGUCAGUCGCUCUGAGUGCUUUGUAACCCACGGCUUUGGGUGGCAGAAUGAAUCUUUCCCAGGCAGUAAACAGUCCCACGUUCAUGAUGCGAGUGCUGCUGAGUCUGAUUUCUCUGCUGAUUUUCGCAUGGAGCGCAAACAACACUGAAGCACUGCCUGUACAGGACAAACUGCCAAACAGCAAUGAGGUGCUGACAAAAGAGCAGACAGAAUUCAUGACCAAGUUUUUGGCCAACCUUGCCGAAUUGAACAUGACCAUGAAAGACCUGGAAACCAUGGACGCUGAACAACUGAGUAAACUGAGCGAGAGAGCUGCUUUCGGCCUGCCACCGCCUCGAGAGAAAUCCCAGUGCAAGAACUUCUUCUGGAAGACUUUCUCAUCAUGUUAAACCUGCAUGUAUAUAAAGAGGCCAAAGUUUACCAAAUGCCAUGUACAUUAAAUAACUGAUCAACAGCUAAAUACAAAAAAAAAAAAAAAAACUCCUACGUACUAAUAAACUCCAG